AUGCCAGGCCUCCAGCCUUCUCAUGCCAGGCCCCCAACCUUCUCAUGCCAGGCCUCCAGCCUUCUAAUGCCAGGCCUCCAGCCUUCUCAUGCCAGGCCCCCAACCUUCUCAUGCCAGGCCUCCAGCCUUCUAAUGCCAGGCCUCCAGCCUUCUCAUGCCAGGCCUCCAGCCUUCUCAUGCCAGGCCUCCAACCUUCUCAUGCCAGGCCUCCAACCUUCUCAUGCCAGGCCUCCAGCCUUCUCAUGCCAGGCCUCCAGCCUUCUAAUGCCAGGCCUCCAGCCUUCUCAUGCCAGGCCUCCAACCUUCUCAUGCCAGGCCUCCAACCUUCUCAUGCCAGGCCUCCAACCUUCUCAUGCCAGGCCUCCAACCUUCUCAUGCCAGGCCUCCAACCUUCUCAUGCCAGGCCUCCAGCCUUCUCAUGCCAGGCCUCCAGCCUUCUCAUGCCAGGCCUCCAACCUUCUCAUGCCAGGCCUCCAACCUUCUCAUGCCAGGCCUCCAGCCUUCUCAUGCCAGGCCUCCAACCUUCUCAUGCCAGGCCUCCAACCUUCUCAUGCCAGGCCUCCAACCUUCUCAUGCCAGGCCUCCAGCCUUCUCAUGCCAGGCCUCCAGCCUUCUUAUGCCAGGCCUCCAACUUUCUCAUGCCAGGCCUCCAACCUUCUCAUGCCAGGCCUCCAGCCUUCUCAUGCCAGGCCUCCAACCUUCUCAUGCCAGGCCUCCAACCUUCUCAUGCCAGGCCUCCAGCCUUCUCAUGCCAGGCCUCCAACCUUCUCAUGCCAGGCCUCCAGCCUUCUCAUGCCAGGCCUCCAACCUUCUCAUGCCAGGCCCCCAACCUUCUCAUGCCAGGCCUCCAGCCUUCUCAUGCCAGGCCUCCAACCUUCUCAUGCCAGGCCUCCAACCUUCUCAUGCCAGGCCUCCAACCUUCUCAUGCCAGGCCUCCAGCCUUCUCAUGCCAGGCCUCCAACCUUCUCAUGCCAGGCCUCCAACCUUCUCAUGCCAGGCCUCCAACCUUCUCAUGCCAGGCCUCCAGCCUUCUCAUGCCAGGCCUCCAACCUUCUCAUGCCAGGCCUUCAGCCUCAGCCACACUAG